UGUGUGGUUCCGCCCCCACCCUCCGUGUUUUCAAACCGAGUGGGUGGGCGUGAUUGGCUGGCGCGGGUGCCACGUGAUUAACGGUCGCGGGAAAGCCGCGGAGUCCGAACAGCGUGAGGCGAGCUGUGCCCGAGGGCAGUGUUAUUCCGGGGUGCGUGCUGCGCCCGGCAGACUUGGGGCAGCGCAGGCACAGCGGGUGCGGCCCUCAGCGGGGUUCGCAGCGGGCCGCCAUGAGCUUCCUCAGCUUGCAGCAGGCGGCGCCGCCGCGGCGGGUCUCGGCCCGGCGAGCGGCUGCCCCGAUCCGGCAGAAACUGCUGUUCUUGAGCGCCCACAGCGACUGUGAGGAGGAGGAGGAGGAGGACGAGGAGGAGGAAGGCGGUAGCAGCUGCAACAGCACCGGCGGGGACUCGGCCUUCCAGGAGGCGGAUUCAGCCUUCCAGGAGGCAGACUCGCCGCUCUCGGCUGCUCGCACCCCGGCGCGGAGCGACCCGCCUCUGCUGGAGGAGGAGGAGAUGGAGGCCGCGGCGGCGCCGCUGCCGGACGAGGGGGACUCGUGGGAGGAGGAGGGAUUCGGCUCCUCUCCGGUGAAGUCUCCCGGAGCCUAUUUCAUGGCUGGCUCGCUCUCGCCGCCUCCCCCUCACAAGGGCCGCCGCUACUGCGGUGGCUCCCCGCCGCGCGCCGCGGCUAGUGGAUACCGGGUGCGGAGCGAAGAGCCCAGCUCGCCUCUGCCCGACUACCCCGGCACGCCGCCUCACAAGACUUUCCGCAAGCUGCGCCUCUUCGACACGCCCCACACUCCCAAGAGUUUGCUUUGUAAAGCACAAGGAAUAGGCUCCAGCUCAGUUAAACUUCGAGGGGGCUCUCUGUUUAUGAAUGUUGGGAAAUCAGAGAAGCAAGACGAUGAUAUUAGACGAACACCUCAUGUGAACAUCAAUCCUUUCACUCCUGAUUCCAUGUUUCUUCACAACUCUGAAGGAAAAUGUCGUAGGAGGAAGAGAACACACUGGAAUGACUCUUGUGGAGAGGACAUGGAAGCAAGUGAUGGAGAGCCUGAAGAUGAAACGAUCAGACCAGCUAAGAGGAUAACAAUAACAGAAAGCAAUAUGAAGUCACGGUAUGCAACAGAAUUUCACGAGUUGGAGAAGAUUGGCUCUGGUGAAUUUGGCUCUGUGUUUAAAUGUGUGAAGAGACUUGACGGCUGUAUUUAUGCAAUAAAGCGAUCCAAGAAACCGUUAGCUGGCUCAGUGGAUGAGCAAAAUGCUUUAAGAGAAGUCUAUGCACACGCAGUUCUGGGACAGCAUUCUCAUGUAGUAAGAUACUACUCAGCAUGGGCAGAAGAUGAUCAUAUGCUUAUACAGAAUGAAUACUGCAAUGGUGGAAGCUUAGCAGAUGCCAUAAGUGAAAAUUACAGGAAUAUGCGUUAUUUUACUGAACCAGAAUUGAAAGACCUGCUACUUCAGGUGGCUCGUGGUUUAAAGUACAUUCAUUCAAUGUCAUUGGUACACAUGGAUAUCAAGCCAAGUAAUAUUUUCAUAUCUCGGACAUCAGUCCCAAGCAUAACUUCAGAAGAAGGUGAUGAUGAUGACUGGUCAUCUGAUAGAGUCAUAUUUAAAAUAGGUGACCUUGGUCAUGUGACUCGAGUAUCUAGUCCACAAGUGGAGGAAGGUGAUAGCCGUUUUCUUGCAAAUGAAGUUCUACAAGAGAACUACACUCAUUUGCCAAAAGCAGAUAUUUUUGCUCUUGCUCUGACUGUUGUCUGUGCUGCUGGGGCUGAACCGCUUCCAUCUAAUGGGGACCAAUGGCACGAAAUUCGACAAGGAAAAAUACCUAGAAUACCGCAAGUGCUUUCUCAAGAAUUACUAGACCUACUAAAAGUUAUGAUUAAUCCUGAUCCAGAGAAAAGGCCUUCAGCUGUGGCACUAGUCAAGCAUUCAGUGCUUCUCUCUGCUGCAAAAAAGAGCGCAGAGCAGCUCCGGAUAGAACUGAAUGCUGAAAAAUUCAAAAAUUCACUUUUGCAGAAAGAGCUGAAGAAGGCACAGAUGGCAAAGGCUGCAGCUGAGGAGCGGGCACUAUUCACUGACAGAAUGACAACUAGAUCUACAACACAAAAUAGACCAUCUCGACUCAUUGGAAAGAAAAUGAACCGCUCAGUUAGUCUUACUAUAUACUAACUGACGUAUAAAAGAACUACUGAGGAUGGCUAAACAUCUCUGCCAGACUGAAGCCCAAGGAAUUAAAAGAAUUAAAUUCCCGGUUUCUUGUCCUGUCUUUGAUCAGUGCCACUAGUUUUACAGGAAUUGUUUCUGGGUUUGUUCUUGUACAAUAUGGCUUAUAAGCUGUAUUAACCAUUUGAGUUAAUGGACUCUGUUACUGUCUUGUUCAUAGAAGAUCCUGGAUGUUAGUCCAUAAGCUUUUCAGUUACACUGUUAGAUGUUACAUCGUCCCAGGGUUAACCACUAUAGUGGUGUGCUGCUUUGUAGUGUUAUGGCAUUGUAAUAAGAAGUAAUAUCCCUAAUGAUCUUUAAGAGGGAGGGAGGAGGCCUUGCUUUGGUUGUUACUGAUUUUUUGGAGCAGAGGGGAAUAUGUUUUUGGCUUGAAGGCCACCUACACUCAAUGUACCUGACGUCAGGUAGACUUUUAUUGUGAAUUUUAUUUGUAUAUUCAACUGGGAGCACUUUGUAGGCAUUGCAUAAACCACAGCUUAGAAACCUGUGGAAUUAAGUGCCAAGUGGAACUGCUGCUAUUUUUAGUUUGUUGUCCUUGCUGUAAACUGUAGCAUUAAAACAAUCAUUAUUGUGUUAAUAGGCUUCUUGUUAAAACAAUUACAUGAAACAAAUAAAAGCUGCGUUUUAGUGAAGGCAGCAUUUUUCUCUCAAAGCUAGUGCAUUGUGAAAUAAUGCACCAAUUUAAUAUUUGGGCUCUGUAUUAGUGUAGUGCAAUUGUUAAUGUCUUGGCUAUUGAUGUUUUGUAAUUCUUUCUAAUAAGGUUCUCUUAAGUGUUUUUAUUCUCUUCAGUUGUCCAUUCUUUGAGGUUAUUUUAUGUUUUUGGUUUUUUUUUAAUGUUGGAGUACUUGUAAAUAAUUUAGUGUAAGUGUUCAAGUUGUUCUUCACUGUUUAUGUACAUAAGUUUGGUGUUUAUAGUAUACUUUACUGAGACUGCAAUUUGACAUGCCAACAGACAAAGAUUAACUAUUCAAAGUUCCAAAAUGAACAGGAAGUGGCCAUCAGAAUGUGUACUGAUGUUGGACCUAGGCUGACAGAUGUUGCUAAGAAAUAGAACUGUUCUAAUUACUGGCUUGUUUCUUCAUUAAUUUUAGUUUAAACAGUGUUUCCCAUUUGUGCUCUGUUUGUUCUUACUAGUGUUGAAUUUGAAUAUUAAAGUUAAAAGUUUUGUUUAA